UUUCGUAUUGGUAUCUUAGAGAUUGUUAUUAGUUUUAUAAAAUAUCGAUUUAUUGUUAUAAUGAAAAUUCAUUGUUUUCAAAAAACUUGGAACUUACUUUUUCUGUUUAUUACGUUGGCAAAAUGUGUUGCAAAGGAGGAUGUAAAAUUGAACAUAAAACAGGGUACGUUAUCAGGAUUAAGAAAAGAAACGUUUUUGAAUAGUAAAAUAUAUUAUUCGUUUACGGGAAUACCUUAUGCCAAGCCUCCGCUUGGUGCUCUAAGGCUUCAGCCACCUCAGUCUCAUGAAGGUUGGGAAGGCAUACUAAAGGCCCACGAGGAAAGACCAACAUGUUUCCAAGUCAGCUUUAGAAGAAGAAAUAAUGAGCCACCUGGCUUCUCCGGCACUGAGGAUUGUCUCUUCUUAAAUGUCUACACACCUGACAUAGAAAGUUCUGCUCCUGUAGUCGUUUUUGAUUACAAUGAUAAUUUUAAAACGGGCUUUAAUGGAUCACAGACAUAUUCACCAGACUUUUUCAUUGAAGAGGGAGUUAUAGUGGUCAAUAUCAAUCAUCGGUUGGGUAUUUUUGGUUAUUUAACCACAGAAGAUGAUGUUAUACCCCCUAAUGCAGGGUUACGAGACUUCAUUUUAGGUUUAGCGUGGAUCCAAGAUAAUAUAAAGGCGUUUGGGGGGGACCCAAAACGAGUUACCAUUAUGGGAAGUCGUGGCGGUGCAGUAAUAGCUAAUAUCUUAUUACAUUCAGAGAAGGCCAAAUAUUUAUUUUCCUCUGUUAUAUUACAGAGCGGAACAGCAAUGGAAUCUAUUUAUUUUGAUAAUAAUCCUCGAGAGAAAGCGUUUGAAAUUGGAGAACUACUAAACAUUACGACAGACGAUUCUAAAAUCCUAUUCGAAAAAUUGCAAUUAGUAGAUGCUAAUACUUUGCUGUCUCUCGAAGGAAACGUUUUCGAUAAGAGAGUCAUGAAUGAUCUGCAGUUAAGCAUAGACACUUUUUCACCAACUAUUGAUAAAAACACUAAAGACGCUGUGAUUGCAACUUUACCUGAAAAAGCUAAUAUAGUUAAUGAUGUUCCCGUGUUAGUGGGAUUUAACUCACGAGAAGGACUAGACUUAGCGUCGCCUUACCUAAUGGAACCAAAGAUGGUUAACGAUAUUAAAAACGCUUUAUUUAUAUUUCCAAUAAGGGUCGAUUUCCAUUUUGAUCGCAAUAGCAGUAUAUUUCAUAACGCAUUGAGUGAAGUCCUACAUUACUAUUUGAAAGAUGGAUAUUUGCAUUACACGAAUAUUUUAGAUUACGCUGUAUAUGUGAGUGAUCUAUUUCAGAAUUAUGCUUUACAUACAGCUGCACAGAAAUUAUGUAGAGAUUUGAAAUCCGAAGUCUACUAUUACUUAUUUGAUUAUAGAGGAGGAUUAAAUGAAAAUAGCGAAUACAUUUCUAGAUUUUUAAGAUUCAGCAUGGAGCACUGGGGCGCAACAAUUACAGAUGAACUUUGUUAUUUACAUUUCUGCACACGAAUUAAGAAAACGUACAACCAAUUCAAAAAGUUGCCCAGUGAGCAACCUGAGUUUAAGGUGUUGAAGAAAAUGGUCAGGAUGUGGACAAAUUUUGCGAAAUACGGAAAUCCUACGCCUGAUGGAAAUGAUGACAUUUUAAAAGCUACAAAAUGGCUACCAAUGGAUAAAAAAGGCGAUUCGAAUUACCUCCAUAUAACGAAAACAUUAAAAAUGAAAAAGAAUCCUUUGGGUGAGCGAUCGGAAUUUUGGGACGAGUUCUUAAAUAAAUACAGGCGACUGACAAACGAUGCUACGGUUGUAAACGAAGAAAUACGCCAUGUUGAAUUGUAAUUGUAGUUUAUUUAUUUUGUAAUGUUAAUGAAAAUGUUUUACAACUUUAUAUAAUAUCUGUACGAGGCAAUUCUUCGAUCGAGUGUUAUCAAUGCUGCUAUCUAGUGAUAGAGUAAGAGUAGCUGGGAUUUAUUACCAACCAUGUUUUGUCUUGAUGAAAAUGUAAACAAUGAACGCUUUAAUUCGAGACUAACCUGCUAGAUGGCAGUGUUUUCAGUAAGAUUUUAUUAAAAUUAUGUAAAUUGUAAGUUACGUUUUAAUAAAGCUAGGGAAGUUAGCCUUAUGCGAGUGAAAAUUCAAUAAAUAACAAAUAAAUCUUACCAUUUUCUUCUAGUUUUCAAUGAUUGUGGAAUUUUAAUGCAAUAAAAAUAAUCUAACAGCGCCAGAAGUAUAUAUAUGUACCUACUGUAACAUAUGUAUGCUAUGUAUAUAUAACUUGUUCGCGACGUUAGAAGUCAACUUACACUAGAAAAACACACACUCUAAUAUAUAGAUAUAGCAUAGAUUUUGUAUAAAAAUCCAAAUAAAUAUUAUGCGAUAAAACACGUAAUUUUCGUAAAUGAAACAGAUCGAGCCUCAACCUUCACGGGAAUAACAUUGCACCUAAAAGUUGAUAUUACCAAAUAUGUAGCUGCAUUUAUACUUUCAUGUUUCUAUAUACGUAUUAACAAAAUGCCGGUUUAUAGCUGGUAUACUAAAAUUCAUGGUUUUUAACUGAUUCAUGAUAACUUAAGUUUAUUUUAAGAGUGUUCUAGGGAUUUAUUAAUGAAUAUAUACUGUUUUCCAAUUCGCUCGAGUUAUGAAGUACUUGAAAUCAUUAUAUAAUAAAUUAAUAUUAAAACUGCUUUUAAAUUU